GGCCCGCCUUUGCUUCCGCGGCGGGCCGGAAGUAGGAGCGGCGGUGGCCUAGGCCCAAAGCGGAGGGAAGGGGGGAGUCGGAGAGACCCAACUGGAGUCUCAGCGGCGGAGACCCCUGUGCGGUGCGGUGCGGAGGGGGCGGCGGCCCCGACUCUGACCCGCGCCGGGCGGGGGUGGGCCAUGGCGGAGAUCAGCGACCUGGACCGGCAGAUCGAGCAGCUGAGGCGCUGCGAGCUCAUCAAGGAGAGUGAAGUCAAGGCCCUGUGCGCUAAGGCCAGAGAGAUCCUGGUGGAGGAAAGCAAUGUGCAGAGGGUGGAUUCACCAGUCACAGUGUGUGGUGACAUCCAUGGACAAUUCUAUGACCUCAAGGAGCUGUUCCGAGUGGGUGGUGAUGUCCCUGAGACCAACUACCUCUUCAUGGGGGACUUUGUGGACCGUGGUUUCUACAGUGUCGAAACCUUCCUCCUGCUGCUGGCACUUAAGGUUCGGUAUCCUGACCGCAUUACCUUGAUCCGGGGCAACCAUGAGAGCCGCCAGAUCACCCAGGUCUAUGGCUUCUAUGAUGAGUGCCUGCGCAAGUAUGGCUCGGUGACUGUGUGGCGCUACUGCACUGAGAUCUUUGACUACCUCAGCCUGUCAGCCAUUAUUGAUGGCAAGAUCUUCUGCGUGCAUGGGGGCCUCUCUCCCUCUAUCCAGACCCUGGACCAGAUCCGAACAAUUGACCGAAAGCAAGAGGUGCCCCAUGAUGGGCCUAUGUGUGACCUUUUGUGGUCUGACCCUGAAGACACAACAGGCUGGGGUGUGAGCCCCCGUGGAGCUGGCUACCUAUUUGGCAGUGAUGUGGUGGCCCAGUUCAAUGCAGCCAAUGACAUUGACAUGAUCUGCCGUGCCCACCAACUGGUGAUGGAAGGUUACAAGUGGCACUUCAACGAGACCGUGCUUACUGUGUGGUCAGCACCUAACUACUGCUACCGCUGUGGGAAUGUGGCAGCCAUCUUGGAACUGGAUGAGCAUCUCCAGAAAGAUUUCAUCAUCUUCGAGGCUGCACCCCAGGAAACACGUGGCAUCCCCUCCAAAAAGCCUGUGGCUGACUACUUCCUGUGACCAUUCAGCCCCAGCCCCUCUGGCCCUUGGACCACUGUGACUGCUCUCUCUCCAGUUGGAGGCUGGGUGUGGAGGGGCUGCCCUAGCUUUGCUCACCCCCAGGGUGAGGACUUGCUCUGGAGAGGUUGGAGCCUUAGCUCCAGGCCUACUGUCUUUUCUCCCCACUUGAUCCAUGAAAUUUCCAGUCAUUUUUCAUUUUUCUUU